UACUCGAAUAAGUGACCAUCCUGAGAUUUCUCAACUUUACAUCUUAGCCCAUUUCACCUGCCAGAGAGAAGUACCUCAUCAUGACUACCUCCUCUCCCUCCUCCUCUUCUUCCACCACCAUCCCAAAUGACUUCCCCACCUCUCUCCAUCCCCUCCUCACCCGUCCAGGAAGCUCCAUUCCUCUCAUUCCGCAAAGUGCCUUUUCUCCCGAGCUCAGCACCGAAAUCACCUCUCUAGCGCAGUCAGAAAGGUGGAGCGAUGGGUUACGUGCAGCUUUGCAUUUGCUGAAUGAUGAGACGGGAAAGGCGCAUGAUGUUGUGACGGAUCGAGAGGAUUGUGAGGCGUGUAAUGUCGUGCAUGCUGUCCUACAUCGUCGCGAAGCAGACUACUGGAAUUCAAAAUACUGGUACUCCCGCCUUUCCCAUCCCUGGAUCCUCUCCUUCUACCCUCCCCCCUCCUCUUCCUCACCACAAAGUCUCUCCACAGCACGCUCUUCAGCAAAGCAGUUUGUAGAUGAAGUACAGUCCCUCGCUAGUGGGAGUGGGAGGGGUAAAGGAGGGACGGCAUCUUCGGCUUGUGGAGCUAAGAACCUGUUGGCGGGGGUCAAGGAGAGACAGGAGGCGGAGCUCAAGGGUCUUGUGAGGUACUUGUGGGAACAUAGGGGUGAGAAGAGUGGAGGAAUUUGAGAUGAGGUGGUAGGGGUGGAGAGGAGAAAGCAGAGAGCACAGAGAGGAAUGUACUUGAACAAUGACACUUUUGUAUAUUACAGACAGGCAAAACGAACGUACAGCGUGAACAUCCA